AUGGAAAAACCAUUCAACAAAGCACCAACAAGGAAAAAAAAACCACCUACAAACAUUGAGGUCUUGCGUCCCAUCAUUCUUGUGGUGGUGGAAGCCCAAAAAGAAGCUAUUAAUGCAACAAGAUAUAAUGAAGAGGUGAACAAAGAAAGGUUCCAUGGAAGUCACUCCUCCCAUGAUCCCAAGAUCAUAACCAAAGAGUAA